UCAAUGGUCUGUCAUUGUUACCUGUCAAGUGGUAAUAUCAAAACGGCAUCUCAUUCCGGUUUGUUUUUGUUGUAAAUAUUUUAAAUAAAUCACAUAAAAAAUCUUCAAAAAUGAGUCCUAGUCACUAUUGGAAGUUUAUCGAUGAAGUAGAUUUAUCGGGAUAUAGUUUAAUAGUCCCCAGUGUAGCCGUGGGUAACGUUGGUCAACUUGCAUGUGACUUGCUUAUUUCGUCUUUGAAGAUGAAGAAAAUCGCUACAGUGUACAGUCCAGCGCUCAUACCAGUUCUAGGAUAUGAUCCGUAUGAUUUAAAAUCGAAGAGUUUGUCAAGUUCUUGUGAAGUGUACAUCUGUGUUUCAAGUAAAAUUAUUGUCCUACAAAUAAGGGCACCUUUGGUUUACAAAUUUGCACAAUCAUUUCUUGAAAAUAUAGUAGAAACGUUUACAGAAAAAAAUGUUAAGAAUGUUUUACUUUUGACUAGUAGUUACGCCCAUGAGAAAAAACAUAUAAGCACUUCACCAUUUCGCUACAUCUGCACAGAAUCAACUUCCUUUGACAAUGAAGUAAACGAAUUAAAAUGGACUAAACAUGAACAAGACGAAGGAAGACUGAAGAUUUUUGGUGGUGGUUUUGCAUCAAUGCUUUUUGAAAUAUGCAAAGAAAAAUCAUUCCCAUGUUUUAUACUUUAUAAAUUCUGUUCCGAAGGUGAUAAUAGCCCAGAUGCAUAUGAUAUGAUUUAUCAUUUAAAUAAAAUAUUACCAAUAUUUAGUCAAGACAAAGAUUUCUUCACACAGUUGACACCACCUGUUUCAUGGAAACUCUUAUUUGGUAGACCGCCACCUAAAGAUAUUUAUUAAUAAAAUUGUUCUUUAACUUUU